AUGAAGUUCUCCCGGGGUGUCCUGCCCGUAUUGGGUGCUCUAUCGGCUCUCUUCGCGCUUAUUCAAGCGCGAUCUCAAGCUUCAGAGGCGAUCCGCCAGCUCACGCCGAUCGAUAAUGCCAUUAUUCGAACCCCCUCUCACCAACUCGACCACACCUCCCAGUUCGACCUCACCUUCGAGUUGCAUCGCGAUGGCAAGCGCAUAAAGCUAGAAUUGGAACCGAAUCACGAUAUUCUGGCCGACGACGCAUCUGUGCGAUAUGUGGACACUGAGGGCAACUGGCAAACCGAGCCCUUCCAGCGCCAGGAACACAAGGUGUUCCGUGGCCGAGCUCUGGUUGGAUCUGGCAAGGGGAGAUGGACGCCGACAGGAUGGGCCCGAGUCAACAUUCGACGGGAUGGCGCCGAGCCGCUCUUUGAGGGUGCGUUCAGCGUGGAUGGUAACAAGCACCAUAUCGAAUUACACUCGACCUACGCCGCCAAGAAGCGACCGAUCGAUGCCGAUGUCGAGGACCGCGGACACGACUACAUGCUUGUCUACCGUGACACUGAUAUGAUCAAGGGACAUGUCGAGCUCAAGCGGUCUCUGUCGGAUUCCUCAGGGUGUUCAGCGGAUAAGCUCGACUACAAUGCUGACCUGAGCAACUCGAUUUUUCCUGCCGGAUUCGACAUGCCCAACAGCCCGUGGGGAUUCACCUCGCUCGACUCCAUGUUCGGCCUGAGCAAACGCCAGUCCGACGUGGGCGGAGUGUCUGGAAACACUGGCGGGGUGAAUCUCAAGUCCACCAUUGGUGAUUCCUCUGGAUGCCCCAAGACCAAAAAAGUCGCGCUGAUUGGCGUGGCCACGGACUGUGAAAUGACCAACCACUUCAAGUCCAAUUCGACUCCCAAGGACGCUGCCAAAGAGUGGGUGAUCAAUUUGAUCAACACCGCUUCGAGUCUCUACGAAGAUUCCUUCAACGUGUCCAUUGGUCUGCGCAACCUGACCAUCAACGACCCGUCCUGCCCUACGACUGCUAACGACGCUCUGCCCUGGAACGUGGGAUGUGAUAGUGGAAAUAUUACCUGGCGUCUCAACGAGUUCUCCAAGUGGCGUUCCGAGCACGAGGACAACAAUGCGUACUGGACUUUGAUGACUGGCUGCCCGACAAGCUCGGAAGUCGGCGUCUCAUGGAUGGGUCGACUCUGCACAUCGGGUCUCACUAGCAAUGGAGAUAGCUCGGUCACCGGCGCCAAUGUUGUCGUCGGUAACCGGGGUACCACUUGGCAGAUCUUUGCCCACGAAACUGGACACACUUUUGGAGCCGUGCAUGACUGUGACUCGGAAACAUGCGGACAAAACCUGGAGGAUUCAUCACAGUGCUGCCCGCUUUCCUCGUCCACUUGCAACGCCAACGCCAAGUACAUCAUGAAUCCUUAUGCGGACAAUCGUAUGACAGAGUUCUCACCAUGCACAAUCGGCAAUAUCUGUUCCGCUAUCAGCCGGAACAGCAUCCAAUCCUCUUGCCUCUCCGAUAACAAGGGCGUCGUAACGAUCAGCGGCAGUCAGUGCGGCAACGGCAUCGUGGAGUCUGGCGAGGAUUGUGAUUGUGGUGGUGUGUCUGGCUGCGGAGACAACAACUGUUGUGACGCCAAGACAUGCAAGUUCAAGGACAAUGCUGUCUGUGACGACUCGAAUGACAGCUGCUGCUCGAGCUGCCAAUAUGCCUCGGCGAAUACGGUGUGUCGAGCCAGCACCAGCGAGUGUGACAAGGAAGAAAAAUGCCCUGGUGAUUCUAGCUCCUGCCCUGAGGACCAGUAUGAAAAGGAUGGAACAUCUUGCGGUGACGGUCUGAAAUGCGCUAGUGGCCAAUGUACCAGCCGCAACUACCAAUGCCGAUCCGUGAUGGGGACCUUGUUGAAUAGCAACGACACCUGGGCCUGCGACAAUACUAACCAGCCCUCGUGCAGUCUUGUGUGCGGAGCACCCAAGUCCUAUUCCGAGUAUGCCUACGGUACCUGCAUCGAGAUGAACCAGAAUUACCUCGACGGCACACCGUGCGAGUCAGGCGGCCACUGCGAGUCAGGUCAGUGCAAGGGCUCCUCCGUCGGCGGCUGGAUCAGAGACCACAAGAACUUGGUCAUUGGCAUCUGCGUCGGGGUCGGCAGUCUGAUUCUCCUCGCUCUGCUCUUCUGCAUGAUCAACAGAUGUCGAAUGGCCAAGGCGAAGAAGCGUAUCGCGAAGAAACCCCCAAUGGGCGCACCUCCGAUGGGCCGCUACGGUCCUCCACCUCCCCGGGGCCUCCUCAGGGCCAAUGGUAUGGGUAUUCCAAUUAUGGAUACCAAAACGUACCACCGCCUGGACCACCCACUGGUCCUCCGCCUCGCUACGGUUGACGAAUUCUGUUGUCUGUUUCCUCAUCGAUGGUCUUAUACCAUCGAUCUUUUGCAUUAG